AUGGGCAUUACUACUAAUAUUGAGGAUGAUAAGAAAGAAUUGGCAAAGAAAGUUCAGAGACUGGCACGUUUGGGAGUCCGUUUGUUAGAUUCUAGUAAAGGUGGAGUUGUGGUGAUGAAUGAGGCUGAAUCAUCAUUAGUGUCUGAAGUGAAGGAGAAACUAGACAAAGACCCUCUCUUACUUGAACUAAAGACAAAUGUUCAUAAGCAAAAGGUGGAUGAGCUCCAAGAGAGGAUCGUGGAAGAAGCUCAUAGAUGCAGAUAUACUGUAACACUUCGUAUGCUAGAAAGACCAGAUUGCAGAAAAUUAGAAGUUGCAGGUGCCGCCAAAGGACUAUACAAGUGUUCAGGAUCAUCAACAAGCACUUCGUUCAGAUCAUCUUACACUCAUAGACAGUAUUUGUGGUUACCGGCUCUACUUAACGCCGGGAAAUCAGUGAAUAUGGUUGGGGAAAAGGUGGUGAUUGUAUUUGAUUUUGAUCGGACUCUCAUUGACGAUGACAGCGAUAGAUGGGUCGUCGAGAAUAUGGGUCUAACCCAUUUGUUCAACCAGCUCCGACCAACUUUACCUUGGAAUGCUCUCAUGGAUAGGAUGAUGGAGGAGCUACAUUCACAGGGUAAAACUGUUGAGCAGAUAGCUGAAUGUUUGAAGCAAGUUCCGUUGCAUCCUCGGACAAUUUCAGCCAUACAAUCAGCUCAUGAUCUCGGAUGUGACUUAAAAGUAGUUAGUGAUGCCAAUCAGUUUUAUAUCAAGACUAUAUUGAAACAUCACGGAUUAUACAGAUGUUUCUCGGAGGUCAUUACUAACCCAACAUCAGUAGAUGGAGAAGGUAGAUUGAGGAUCUUUCCUUACCAUGAUAUGACUUCUUUUCAUGGGUGUAGGCUAUGCCCUCCUAACUUAUGCAAGGGUCUUGUUAUUGAGCAGAUCCAAGCUUCCAUGAGUGAGAAACGGAAAUCAAGAUUCAUAUAUCUUGGAGAUGGGAGAGGUGAUUACUGCCCAACGUUGAAGCUCGAUAAAGGAGACCAUGUAAUGCCAAGGAAGGGCUUUCCAUUGUGGGAUCUCCUGCUAAGUGAUCUAAAUCUUUUGAAAGCAGACAGUCAUGAAUGGAGGAAUGGGGAAGAACUAGAAAGCAUCCUACUCCAGCUUAUUGAAAAAAUAUACAAGGAAUAG